AGAUGGAACUGUUGAUAAAGUUAACCAAAAUUUGAAAAGCAAGUGGCCGUUGAAGUUCACAAGAGAAAUACAAGAGCCUUCAAAACCAGCACACAAAAAACAAACAACACCAUCAAUUCAAUUACUCACACACACAACCCAACAAAAUAAACAAAACAACCUCAAAUUCAAAUUUUUGUCUCUAUACUCUAUAAGAGAUAUUGUUUGUGUGGAGAAGAAGAAGAUGAGAGGACCAGUGAUGGUAACAAAGAGUGGUGGAUGUGGUGGUGGUAGUGGUUUCAAAGGAAAAAGAGGAAACAACGGCGGCAGCGAAGAAGUGUCGCCGGCGGCUUUAAUGUUGGCUGCUUUGAAGAAAUCAAUGGUGGCUUGUAGUGUGGAGAGUCCUGACGAUGUAAUCUCAGCCGUUCAUCAUCCUAUGGAGAUUGGUUGGCCUACAAACGUUAAACAUGUUAGUCAUGUUACGUUUGAUAGGUUUAAUGGGUUUUUGGGUCUUCCUCUUGAGUUAGAGGUUCAUGUUCCUGUUCCUGUUCCCAGUGCUAGUGUUAGUGUGUUUGGUGUCUCAGCAGAAUCAAUGCAAUGUUCUUAUGAUUCAAAAGGAAACAGUGUCCCAACUAUUCUGCUACUAAUGCAAGAGAGAUUAUACUCACAAGGAGGACUAAAGGCUGAAGGAAUAUUUCGUAUAAAUCCCGAAAACGGUGAAGAGGAACAUUUAAGGGAGCAAUUGAAUAGUGGCAUAGUGCCAAAUGACAUUGAUGUUCAUUGUUUGGCUGGUUUAAUAAAAGCAUGGUUUAGGGAACUUCCUUCUGGAGUAUUGGAUGGACUUUCACCUGAGCAAGUUCUUGAAUGCAACACAGAAGAAGAAUCUGUUGAGCUUGUGAAGCAGCUGAAUCCAGUUGAAUCAGCUUUGCUUAAUUGGGCUAUUGAACUUAUGGCUGAUGUUGUAGUUGAAGAGGAGUAUAAUAAAAUGGAUGCUAGAAAUAUUGCAAUGGUUUUUGCUCCAAAUAUGACUCAGAUGUCUGAUCCGCUAACUGCUCUAAUGCACGCGGUCCAAGUGAUGAAUUUACUAAAGACACUGAUAUUGAAGACACUUCGAGAUCGCGAAGAAUCAGCAACAUCAGAAUAUUCAUCCAUGUCAUCUCAUUCAUCAGAAGAUGAUGACUAUGAUAGUCAACAAGAAAUGGAUACCAGUGGUGAAAUGAAAAGGGCCAAGUUAGAUUAUGAUGAUCAUGUUGAUUACAAUCACAACAUUGAAGAAGUUGCAUCUGUAAGUGAAAUAGAGGAAUGUCUGGAUGAUGUUAAGACAAAACGAUUCGCAGAAGAGUUAGAGAGUCCUACUAAAACUGAGGAUUCCUGUCUGAGUUCUAGUUAUAGAGACGGCUCGACGACAACUCUAACUGCUGAGGGAUCAAAUGCUGACACAACAAGUAGUCCAUCAAUAGAAAGUAAAGAAACCAAUGAUGUGGAGAUGGUAGAUAAAUUUACUGAUUCUGUUUCACUUUUGCCUUUGUUUGCAUCUAGUUAAGAAUUUAAGCUUUUCUUGUUGUGAGGAGUGUUUUUUUUAGGUUAAUUGUUUUAAGUUUUUUGUUUACAAGCAAGGUUGCUUGUAUAUAUUUGAUUAGUAGUAUAAGGAUUAGGAAGUGUUUUGCUUGUUUUGGAUUGUAGUGGUUAUGUUCAGUUUAAUGCUGAAUUUGACCUUAUUAUGUUAGAAGUUGUACUUGUUUGAUGAAUUGUUAGGGACUAGGGAGAUUGAUUAAACCUGAAAAUGGUGUUUAUGUUUUUCAUGAUCAAAAUGUUAUGGUUUCAUUUAUGUUCGAUUCUUGUCA